AUGACCUUCUGCUCCUUCCUCGCGGAUGGGCUUCUGGACCCCCAGCUUUAUGCCCCUGCAGAGGGGACUCGGUCGGGACCCGGCCUCCCCCCAGCGGGGUACCGGCCUGGGCGCCCCAUCCUGUUCCUGCUCCUUCUCCUGCCGGCCUCCGCCCUCUCCGCCGUAUUCACCGUGGGGGUGCUGGGCCCCUGGGCUUGCGACCCCAUCUUCGCCCGUGCCCACCCGGACCUGGCCGCCCGCCUGGCCGCCGCCCACCUGAACCUCGACCCGGCCCUGGAAGGCGGCCCCCGCUUCGAGGUCGCGCUGCUGCCGGAGCCGUGCCGGACGCCAGGCGCGCUGGGGGCCGUGGCCCCCGCCUUGGCCCGCGUCUCCGGGCUCGUGGGCCCGGUGAACCCUGCCGCCUGCCGGCCGGCCGAGCUGCUCGCCCAAGAGGCCGGGGUGGCGCUGGUGCCCUGGGGCUGCCCCGGGACGCGGGCGGCCGGCACCACCGCUCCCGCCGCCGCCCCCGCCGCCGAUGCGCUCUAUGAGCUCCUGCGGGCCUUCCGCUGGGCGCGCGUGGCCCUGGUCACCGCGCCCCAGGACCUGUGGGUGGAGGCGGGACGCGCACUGGCCGCCGCGCUCCGGGCCCGCGGCCUGCCUGUCGCUCUGGUCACCUCCAUGGAGCCCUCGGACCUGGCUGGCGCCCGGCAGGCUCUGAAGAGGGUCCGGGACGGGCCCAGGGUGAGAGCCGUGAUCAUGGUCAUGCACUCGGUGCUGCUGGGCGGCGAGGAGCAGCGCCGCCUGCUCGAGGCCGCCGAGGAGCUGGGCCUGGCCGACGGCUCCCUCGUCUUCCUGCCCUUCGACACGCUCCACUACGCCUUGUCCCCGGGCCCGGAGGCCUUGGCCGCGCUCGCCAACAGCUCCCAGCUUCGCAGGGCCCACGACGCCGUGCUCACCCUCACGCGCCACUGUCCCCCGGGAGGCAGCGUGCUGGACGGUCUGCGGAGGGCCCAAGAGCGCCGGGAGCUGCCCCCGGACCUCAAUCUACAGCAGGUGUCCCCGCUCUUCGGCACCAUCUACGAUGCCGUCUUCCUGUUGGCGCGGGGCGUGGCCGGGGCGCGAGCGGCCGGGGGUGGCGGCUGGGUGUCGGGAGCCGCCGUGGCCCGCCACGUCCGAGAUGCUCGGGUCGCUGGCUUCUGCGGGGCGCCGGGAGGAGCCGCGGAGCACCCGUUUGUGCUGCUGGACACGGAUGCGGCCGGGGAGCGGCUGGUCGCCACCUACACCCUGGACCCCGCCGAUGGCUCCCUCCGCUCCACCGGGAACCCGGUGCACUUCCCUCGCGGGGGCCGGGGCCCCGGGGCCGACCCCUGGUGCUGGUUCGACCCCAACGACAUCUGCAACGGAGGAGUGGAGCCCGGCCUCGUCUUUCUUGGCUUCCUCCUGGUGGCUGGCUUGGGGCUGUCGGGGGUUUUUCUGGCCCACUACGCCAGGCACCGGCUGCUUCACAUCCAAAUGGUCUCAGGACCCAACAAGAUCAUCCUGACUCUGGAGGACAUCACCUUCCUCCACCCGCAGGGGGGCAGCUCUAGAAAGGUGGCCCAGGGGAGCCGGUCGAGUCUGGCCACCCGAAGCAUGUCGGACAUUUGCAGUGUCCCCAGCCAGCCCCCAGAAAGCCCCAACAUUGGCCUCUAUGAGGGAGACUGGGUUUGGCUGAAGAAAUUUCCAGGGGAUCAGCACAUAUCUAUCCGCCCAGCAACCAAAACAGCCUUCUCCAAGCUCCGGGAGCUCCGACACGAGAACGUAGCCCUCUACCUGGGGCUCUUCUUGGCGGGGGGCGCGGAUGGGGCAGCGGCGCCCGGGGAGGGGGUCCUGGCCGUGGUCUCUGAGCACUGUGCCCGGGGCUCCCUCCACGACCUCCUCGCCCAGAGGGACAUGAAGCUGGACUGGAUGUUCAAGUCCUCCCUCCUGCUGGACCUCAUCAAGGGAAUGCGGUACCUGCACCAUCGCGGCGUGGCCCACGGGCGGCUCAAGUCCCGGAACUGCGUGGUGGACGGCAGGUUUGUGCUCAAGGUCACCGACCACGGCCACGGACGACUGCUGGAAGCGCAGAGGGUGUUCCCCGAGCCCCAGAGCGCGGAGGACCAGCUGUGGACCGCCCCGGAGCUGCUUCGCGACCCGGCCCUGGAGCGGCGGGGGACGCUGGCUGGCGACGUCUUCAGCCUGGGCAUCAUCAUGCAGGAAGUCGUGUGCCGCAGCGCCCCCUACGCCAUGCUGGGGCUGACUCCCGAGGAAGUGGUGCAGAGGGUGCAGAGCCCCCCUCCACUGUGUCGGCCCUUGGUGUCCAUGGAUCAGGCACCCGUAGAGUGCAUCCACCUGAUGAAUCAGUGCUGGGCAGAGCAGCCGGAGAGCCGGCCCUCCAUGGACCGCACCUUCCACCUGUUCAAGGGCAUCAAUAAGGGUCGGAAGAUGAACAUCAUCGACUCGAUGCUCCGGAUGCUGGAGCAGUACUCGAGCAACCUGGAGGACCUGAUCCAGGAGCGCACGGAGGAGUUGGAGCUGGAAAAGCAGAAGACAGACCGGCUGCUCACACAGAUGCUGCCCCCGUCUGUGGCCGACGCCCUGAAGAUGGGGACACCUGUGGAGCCCGAGUACUUUGAGGAGGUGACGCUGUACUUCAGCGACAUCGUGGGCUUCACCACCAUCUCAGCCAUGAGUGAGCCCAUCGAGGUUGUUGACUUGCUCAAUGACCUCUACACGCUCUUCGAUGCCAUCAUCGGCACUCAUGAUGUCUACAAGGUAGAGACCAUUGGGGACGCCUAUAUGGUGGCCUCGGGGCUGCCCCAGCGGAACGGGCAGCGGCACGCGGCGGAGAUCGCCAUCAUGGCGCUGGACAUCCUCAGCGCCGUGGGCUCCUUUCGCAUGCGCCACAUGCCCGACGUGCCUGUGCGCAUACGCAUCGGCCUGCACUCGGGCCCGUGCGUGGCGGGCGUGGUGGGCCUCACCAUGCCGCGCUACUGCCUGUUUGGGGACACGGUCAACACCGCCUCGCGCAUGGAGUCCACGGGGCUGCCUUACCGCAUCCACGUGAACGUGAGCACGGUGCGGAUUCUCCGCGCUCUAGACGAGGGCUUCCAGGUGGAGGUGCGAGGCCGCACGGAGCUGAAGGGCAAGGGCGUGGAGGACACGUUCUGGCUGGUGGGCAGACGUGGCUUCAACAAGCCCAUCCCCAAACCACCGGACCUGCGGCCGGGGACCAGCAACCACGGCAUCAGCCUGCAGGACAUCCCCCUGGAGCGGCGCAGGAAGCUGGAGAAGGCCAGGCCCGGCCUGUUCCCUGCAAAAUGAGACCCAGUGACCGACAGGAUUAUUCUGGAAGGUCCUUUUCCUGAAAGUUGCUGCUAUAGGUGAUGAAAAGUCUGGCUUAUUCCAUGGCUUCUGUUCUGCUCUGUCUCAGAGGAUUCUGGGCCUUUAGAAGAGCUGGUUGCAAACUGACUGUGUGACCUUGGUUAGGCCUGGUGCACUCUCUGAACUUGGGUUCCCCUCAAAGGUGAAAUGAGGGGUGAACUGGCUCCAACAGCUGGGCUUCAGAGCGGCUGGCCCUGGGAUAUGGGGCACUGUGACGUGUGGCCCCAGCUUUCUAAGGAUUCUGAGCCCCUUGGGAUGUUGGGAUCAGGGGACAUCUCCACCUUCCAGAACCUCUCAGAACCGCUGGAAGAAGAAUGUGGGAUUGAAUGUUCCACCCCCAGGGGAUGUGGGGACCUUGUGUUCCACCACAGUAAGGGUUGUCCGGAGGGCAAAGAUGGGUGGGUUUCUGUCACCCUUGGGCCUCCUUCCCAUUUCCUUCCCCCUCCAGCCAGAAACUGGCUCCUUC